UUGUCUCCCGCUCAACUGAAGCAGAGAGCCAUCCCGCCGGUAACCCAUCAAAUUCCGGCCAACCCCUCUGGAAGCCCCCAGAAGAUGGAGGAAUUCCGACGAAGGAAGGAGGAGCAGAGGUCAGCCGUCGACUUCGGCGACGUCUUCGGCGGGCCGCCCAAGACGCUCUUCCUCUGGCAGUCUGGCCAUUCUCAGCCCCAGAACCGGUUGCUGUUCUACGACGAGAUCUUCCGCAUCGGCGACGACGACGAUGCCGUUGAUCAUCAUCGCACUCGGUCCGAUACCAACGCGGUGCCGCCGCGUAGGAGUCGGCAUCUUCCGGCGUUCAUGAUUCCGGGAGGCGGCCGCAGGGAGUCGGUCCGCGGGAAACAGGGGUUCUACGACGACGUAUUCAGUCAGGAGGCGCGGAGCCCCAGCGCCUCGGAGUCUGGAUCGCGUUCCAGAUCAACGUCGGGGAGCACGAGCCCGCACGUACCGUCCAUCCACGAUGACGUGGCCUUAUCCGCGGUCGCUUCCAUGCUCAAGCCGAUCAUCGUUCCAAGUCAGGGGCACCGGCUGCGGAUGAACGAAUCGAGCUCGGAGCAGAACACGCAUGGAAACAUGACAGUGGCGAGCCUCAGUUCCUACAUGGACUUUGCAGAGCCAUCAAGCGGUAGCUGUAAACAGGGUGUAGGAAAGCUUGUCGAGCAUCCUGCGAGUUUGUCUGCCCAAUCCCUUCACAUGAUGAAAAGCCCAUACGACAAGGCGAGCUACUGUAAUCAGCUGGAAACUAAUACCCCUUCUUCAGUGACAAUUUCUGUAGUUCAUGAGCCUGAGAGCUUCAUGGAGAUGUCAGACAAAGGAUUCAGAGAUGAUGAAGGCGACACAGACUUCAUGGGGAAAUGCUUGAUUGAGAUUGUACCUGAGAAGAGAGAAGUCUCUGAGACAGCUGGUGCUGUUGAUGAUGCCAUCGCAUGGGCAAAGGAGACGUUAAGAACAGGGAAUUUGGAAAAUUUCUGAGAUCAUAGAAAGGUGACCUGCAGGCAGCUGGAGGAGAUUGAUCAGACGCCCAAAGUGAAGUUGUCAUGCAUGAUGAGCUGCAUGCCCACUUGCUGAAGGUAAACUGUAGUGCUGCUCAUCAUGGGCCUAAUGCUGGAGAGAAAAGAGAGAAGACAAAUAGAUUGAAUCCAACCUUGUAAUUAUCUAUGCUGGCUCGUGUUUUUGACACGACCAAUGUAAUUUUGCAAAUUCCGUCGUCUUCGUCUUCGAUCGCGUGGUUUACAUUUAGUUAAUCGUGAGCUUUGUGCCUUGAGUGAGAAGUUUAAUUGAAAUGGUCUCGAAUAUUUAAGAAUUUCUUUGGGCUGUAAAUGUACUUGGUAGAUAUUUAACUUGCGUCUUGCGAUGAAAUCCUUGAACUACAUAAGGUUCUGGUGUAAUUAUGUAUUUGGAACUCAUAUUUGUGGAGUCGAUUGGGAGAUCUAGACUGUGAAGACAUGCACAAAUUAGUGAAUCCCCUGAUGUGUUCUUUAGCGUUUAUGUAUUUGGUACAUUUAUAAUAACUAAUUGACCUCAU